AGAGAAAUAACAUGAUGUUUGCAUUGCUUCAAGUGUUCCUUAUCUUCAAUGCAUUUGGACAACCAACGGAUGCUUCGAAUGCUAGAACUUCUUACCGAUUUGAAGUAUACCCAGUGGACAAAUGCCCCAUGAACAUAAGUGAGUUUGAAGAGGCAGCGAUAAGAAUGAAUUGUCCCCGAGACACGCGAUACCUGUGUGCUCCAGAUAGAAACUUGUCCAAUCUUAUAGAAUUCUGUACAGACAUCAAAAGAUCUCUGUUAGGACCAGAUAAAUGUGUACGACUGGAGGGAACUGGUUACCUGAAUCAUUAUGAUUGCAGUGAAUUCAGCAGUGGUUGUCCAUCUACGGCUUAUUACGACGAUGCGAUUUAUAAGUAUCCAGCAUGUUUAUCCAUCAGCAGAAAUUUAAACUGCUUCGUUGCUGAUACAAAUUGCACAAAAAGGUGA